CCGGUUUCCUACCAGCACCAUCUCUCACUCUUACUUCUCAACACGGGCACCAGUCACUGAGACCACUGCGCUAGUCUACAGGAGUCACGGAGAUCCCAUACAAGCUGUUCAAUUGGAGACCCUGCAGCUUCCAGCCCUGGAAGCUAAAAGUGUCCUUGUGAAAAUGCUUGCAGCUCCCAUCAACCCUUCAGAUAUAAACAUGAUCCAAGGAAGCUAUGCAAUACUGCCUGAUCUUCCAGCUGUAGGUGGGAAUGAGGGAGUGGGUCAGGUCUUAGAAGUGGGCAGCCAGGUCCACAUGGUCAAAGUGGGUGACUGGGUCAUUCCUAGAGAUGCUGGCUUAGGCACAUGGAGGACUGCUGCUGUUUUUAGUGAGAGUGAUUUGGUGACCGUGCCCAGUGAUAUCUCCCUCAUUUCGGCAGCCACUCUAGGAGUCAACCCUUGCACUGCAUACCGAAUGCUCUCUGAUUUUGAGAAUCUGGUGCCUGGAGACACUGUCAUCCAGAAUGCAGCUAACAGUGGAGUUGGACAGGCUGUGAUCCAGAUAGCUGCAGCAAAGGGUGUUCAUACAAUUAAUGUAGUCAGAGACAGACCAGACCUGCAACAGCUGACUGACAGACUUAAAGCGAUGGGAGCCACUUAUGUGAUUAAAGAGGAGGCGUUAAGAAAGCCAGAAAUGAAGGACAUCUUUAAGGUUUGUUCUCGGCCUAAACUGGCUCUUAAUGGUGUGGGAGGAAAAAGUGCCACAGAGCUUCUUCGCAUUUACAGUAAGACUGGUGGCACUAUGGUGACCUAUGGAGGGAUGGCUAAGCAGCCAGUGACUGUGCCUGUGAGUGCUCUCAUCUUCAAGGACGUAAAAGUACGAGGAUUUUGGGUUACUCAGUGGAAAAGAGAUAAUAAACAAGAUGAUAAGGCGUUGCAUGUCAUGUUGGAAGAGCUAUGUACCCUUAUCCGUGCUGGAAAACUCGCAGCCCCAUUCUGCUCUGAAGUGACCAUGAAGGACUUCCACAAAGCUUUGGACAAUGCAAUGAAGCCUUACAUCUCUGCUAAACAAAUUCUGGUCAUGUGAUCCCACACAAAAUCAGGUUUUAACAAUAGUAUUUAACAAGUAAUUAUUGUACUUAGUCAAUGUGCUUUAAACAAUAAAAUCCCAAAAAAAUUUCA